AUUGGCGGCAAUUCGAAAAAAAUUUAGCACACAGGUUGAUUACAGCGAAGAUAAUGAUAAGAUAACAACGCGUACUCAUAGAUUAUUUGUUCGGAUUUAAGAUUCUAGACAUGAAGCUAUUUUUGUGAAAAUGGAAAAUCCUGGGACCCGACCAGUGAGGCAAGAGAGGAUUGAAGACCUCCAUCUGGAUAGAGUGGUUGCAUCUCAACCUGAAAUAGGACCGACUCCUCCAGAUGGUGGCUAUGGUUGGCUAAUAGUCGUCUCAGCAGUAAUCUACAAUGUGACUGUGCCAAGUAUUUUAAUGCUUUAUGGAUUGAUUAUUUUGAAGUCUUUACGAGAGGAGGAUCAUGAAGAAGAAGAAAGAAUGCGCGUUUGGGACGUAGAUGUUGCCUUAGUCCCUAUAAUAUUGACUGUAAUCCGUUUAUUGUUAGAAUCGUGGUGUUGGGCUAUCGCGAAAAUAUUCAACAUGCCACGAUUUACAGCGCUGGCUGGACUCUGUAUGACUGUCGCUGGUGUUCUACUAUCAAGCUAUGCAACAAGUGUGGACAGUAACGAUCAUAUUGUAAACAUAUUUGCGGGGAUUUCCAUUGGUAUCGGUUGCGCCUUAACAGGACAACAAACGGAUCUAAUCAUAACUCACUACUUCCGAGACAAACUUACAAUCGCCCAACGUAUUGUAAAAGUUGCACCAUCUUUAGGAAAUGUUCUUAUGCCUUUGAUGAUCGGGUAUCUUUGUACAAUCUACUCCAGUGAUGUAGUUGUCAUGAUCACUGGAGCAAUUCUCAUGCAGAACUGUGUUUUCCUCGCCUCAUAUACACGACCUAUUUACAUUGAAAGAGUGAUUCGAAACACAUACAACAUGUUACGAGACGCCGUUGAAGACGAUGACGAAGUUAUCUUCUCAAACCAGAAUGAACCCAGAACAGCAUCCAAUCCAGUAUCCACACAAGAUGAAGAUGCAAAUGACGUGGUGGUCUUUAAAUCAAAUAAAAACGCUAGAGAAAUCAUGGACCCUGACGUAGAAACGCGGGAAAGCGGUGGGCAGAGAUUUUCAUCAGAUUUCGGCGUGAUGUUUGACGGUUCCACUUCUAAUCGCUUCUCAUCCGACUUUGGCGCUGUUGACGUCAGCAAUUACAGCAGAAUCAGUGGAUAUCAGGAGUUGGAUAGUAUUGACAGGAAUAAUCCUCAGCCGUUAUACCGCGAAACAACUGUGAAUGCUCCAUCAAAUAGCCUCGUUUUUGCCGCAGAAGUAUCUCCUGGGUCAGCUCGACGUACUGCGUCAUUAAAGAAGAAUUUUAUAACCGUGAUCAAUAUGGUUCAAGAUCUAAACUUCUAUUUGUACACUCUGUUACAUUUGUGCACAACGUACAGUGUUCUUAUACUUAGUGUCUUCUUCCCACUUCUUAUGUGGGAAGAAAAUCCUACCAUGAAUAUUUGGUCGAUAUGUUCACUGACUGCAAUUGGUCACGCUGCGGCAUUGUGCUUCGUCUUUUUAUGUAUAUUUAUGCCAAACAAUUUAAACGAUAAAGCAAAAUUAUGCACAAUUUUUUGUGUUUGUGGUGCAAUAGGAUUUUAUGGUGUUACGCUAUCAUCAAACAAAAACUACCUUGUCGUAUGGUGCAUGUUUUCGAGUAUUGCCACCGCGACCAGCGGGAUUCUACAACAAUCUUUAUACAAUAGUUUCAAUAAGUUUGACAUAACAGCGACUGUAACCACAGCUAAUACUCUAGUUGCGAUCGUGAUCAUGAUUUGGGCUGUCGCCUAUAGUUAUACGUAUAGAACUUGUUUCUUCAUUGCUAGCUUAUUGCAAAGUGGCGCGGCUUGCGUGUUUUUGGUCGCUUCUUUUAGACGGAGGAGAUAGACUUCCUCAUUACAUACACCUCUUGGGGUUUAUAAACGUGGAUUAAAGAUAGUACCGUGACUUUUUACAUAUAAGAAACAUCGUAAAGUUUUAUAACAAGGCCGUUUAAUUUUAAGUAAGCUUGCUGGAAAUUUUUACUUUGUCCCAUAUAUCUCUAUGGUCACUAAUAGGCCGGGAGAUAGUGCCACAAAAUAGUGGGUCAUUUGUACCAGUAUGGCGGUUCUUCAGGGGUGUUAUUACGCAAUGAAAAAAAGAAAAAUGAUGGUCAUAGCGCUGGUACCGGCGGCCUAGUCGCGUGGGCGUUAGUCGAACUCGUCGGAUUAAUUAGUGUCAAACGAUUUGUUCCACAAAAAUUCUAGUACCCCCGAAAAACCGCCAUACUGGUACAAAUGACCCACUAUUUUGUGUCACUAUCUCCCGGCCUAUAAGGUCUAUGGUCAAUGACUUGACGGAUAAAAUGGAGAUCAUACACUACAUACGAGAGUUUAGGCCUGUAAAUAUAGUUAACAGCGUCAUCUAGUUUUUUUAAAAACUGCGCAGUACAUUGAGGGAAUAUAAAUGUUUUGCAUACCAAAGAGCGUAACCACCAAACGAUUUGUCUGUGAAUCUUAGCUGAAGAUUGAUUUGUUAUAUAUUUUUUGUCUAUCUUUAAUGAUUAUCGUAUUACUAAAUUAGAAAGUAACAGAUCAUUUUAUUUAUAGCUAUUCUUCUAGUAGCUUUUGCUUGUCUAUUGCUAUUUUAUAUUAGAAAUAAAUUAUAUUACAUAUGUAUAAAAUACUAUUUGUUAAGAGAUCAUAAUAUAUUUUUUAUAAACAAUUACCAUCAAUUAUAAUAUAACAUUAAAUACUUACUUCUAAGGAUGACUUAUAAAACAAAAUUUAGGUAAUACAUAGUAUGCGAUAUCGUACGUAAUGAUUGUUUCAAUAAGUUCUAAUAUAGCAAGCAGGAAAUAAACUAUAUAAUUCAUUGUAUAGUUAUAAACUAAUACAAAGCAACGCGAUUUCGGAAAUAUUAAGGCGGCUGAAUAAUUAAAAUAUUUUUUUAAUCGAAAUAAAUAUUUUUUUAUACAA